AUGCGUGAGCAUUUCAAGGCGCUGGCGAUUGUCAGCGUGCUGGCAACGACCCAUGCCCAAGCCACAGGCACAUUCGAAAACCCAGCAGUUGCCUACAAGCUGAUCCGGGCAGCCGGCAAUAUUGGUGCCGGUGGCGUGGAAUUCUUGCCUUUCUAUAACUAUGGCGGCGAGCUCCCUAUGGGUGAGCCGGGACCGGACUGGGCUACGUUUGGUUUUGGCACCGAAGCCUUUUAUGACAUCUUCGUCGCCGCGCUCAAAGUGCACCAACAGCAGGGCCUAACCAUGGAUUUUGUCCAGGGCCCGAAUCAGGGCCAGGGUGUCCCUGCUGCUGUUGACGACGACGGACUGCAGUGGGAUCUGGCCCCCUUCUCUACCGCCCUGGCCGCCGACGGUUCAUUCCAGGGCAUCGUGCCUGGCUGGGGUACCGGUGAGCUGGUCGCACUCGUGUCAGCCGAAGUGCUGUCGACACGAAAUAUCUCAUUGGAGAGCACGUCAAGCGCCGUGUCACCGUCACCCCAGUCGUCUUACCUGCGCAUGACGCUGCGGGACGGCAGCCUGAUAAAUCAUGUUGAUGGCGUCGCGGCAGAUGGAACAGCUCAAAUCCAGCGACAGGCCAAUGCAAGUUACCACCUAUUUGCGUUCUAUCAGUACCACACGUUGAGCAAAAAUCUCGUGGUGGAAGCCCAGCCGGCGGCAACUAUCUUCGAUAAUGGGUCGUAUACUGUCGACCACUUCAGCAAGCGUGGUGCCCAAACUAUCAUAGACUUUUGGGAAACGCAUCUGCUGACCCCGGAGGUUGAGCAUUUAUUAGGCCAGGUUGGCGUGUAUGGUUGGGAAGACAGCAUUGAGGCACCAUGUAAUAUCUCCUGGACGCGUUCCCUACCCGCCCUAUUUACUGAUAGAUACGGCUAUGACCUCCAUACUUACCUACCUCUUGUCAUGUUCCGUAACAACAACCUCGGUCUCCAGCCCAACAGCCCUGGGGCAAUCGAAUGCGUCCUUGAUACUGCGGACAAGGGUCAAGGAUAUAUUAACGACUACCGCGGCGCCCUGGCGCUCGGAUACCAACAGUACUUACAGGCGCUGACAGACUGGAUGCACUCGCGGUUGGGCUUGCAGUCAUCAGCACAAGUUUCAUACAAUCUACCUAUGGACAUGGCAGCUAACGUCCCAUUCGUCGAUGUCCCAGAGUGUGAGAGCCUAGGUUUUAAAACCGUCGAUUCCUACCGCCAGUUUGUCGGGCCCGCGGUACUCGGCGGGCGAAACAUCGUCUCUAAUGAGAUGGGAGCUGUGCUACUUGAGGCCUAUCGCAUGCCACUAACCGCUCUUCUGUGGAACAUCCACCGAGCUUUAGCAGCUGGCGUCAAUCGGUUCGUAUUACAUGGUCAGGAUUACACCGGAGACUAUUACCACACUACAUGGCCAGGAUACACAGCUUUCAUCUACCUCUACUCGGGUCAGUAUUCGCAUAAGGAUCCAGUUUGGGACCACGGCCUCGAGGAAGCAUUACAAUAUAUCGGACGGUUACAGUAUACACAGCAAGCAGGGCAGCUACGAACAGACGUCGCCGUUUAUCAUAAAGCAUCAGCCACGGACCCAUUCUUCGACAUUGUCUACAACUCAACCGACCUCGAAGACUACGGCUACUCGUACAACUAUAUCUCUCCAGACAACUUUGACCUACCGCUUGCGACGGUGCGCGACGGGCUGCUCGGCCCGGACGGCCCGGCCUAUCGCGCGCUGGUAAUUCCCAGCACAGCACAGAUGUCUCCUGCAGCCAUCUGGAAAGUGCAAGCCUACGCUCAGCAGGGCCUACAUGUCAUUCUCAGUGGUGGUGACCCUGGCCUGUACCAUUCUGCUGCUGCAGGCUCGUCGCUGAAGGAGUUUGCCGAUGCUCUUACUACCCUGAAAAAGACAGAUAAUGUACACUCGACCAUAGCUACCGGCGUCGCGCAGAAACUGCAGGACCUAGGGCUGCGCCCCACCGUCGAGGUAAAUUCCAAUGGCACCUGGUAUGCCAUUUGGCGCGAGGAUAGCAAAGGAAACGGAGACGCUUCGUGCUUUAUUUUUAACGACGCCGACACAUUAACUGUAGGCACCAUCGAUGUGGCUACUGUACUUACUCCAUACCUGCUCGACGCCUGGACAGGUAGCCGCAAGCCUCUUCUACUCUAUGAAACUAUCGGCAAUCGCACGCGCAUCCCCUUAACACUGCAUGCCAACCAGUCUGUCCUGCUUGCCUUUGAUAACUCUGGGCACAGUAACCGCCGCCUGCAUGCCACCCAGUUACCAAGGACUGUGCUCGGCUACAACUACAACCCCAAUAACACCGUCCAGCUCCAUAUUGGAGACGGAUUGUGGGAUGCCCCGAUCAAAUUGUCGGAUGGGCGCCUGUAUGGCCCUUCGUCGGUACACGCUGCCACAGCACCCUUCACUCUCACCGGAUGGACCCUCGCUGUGGAGCACUGGGAGGCACCAGGAAACCUGAACAAUGCCUCCGUCGUGGCGGUUAAGCGCAAUACGACCGAGUCGCUGGCCAAACUGAUUUCAUGGGCAGAGAUACCAUCCUUGACAAAUACGUCAGGUGUCGGUCUCUACACUGCCAGCUUUGGUUGGCCACCGUCGAACCACGCGUCAGCAGAGGGCGUCUACUUGCGCCUCCCACGAAUUGUCCAUGCCGCUCGCGUGAUUGUCAAUGGUAAGGCGCUGCCCGCCCUUGACCCGGCGUUCCCGCAGGUCGAUAUCAGCCCGUACGUAGUACAUGGUCGACAGAACUUAGUGCAGAUUGAAGCGCCAAGCACUAUGUGGAACUAUCUACGUAGUCUGAUUGAUGAACUUACCUUUAUGGGCCAGCCAGCGACACGUCUCCUCGACGCCUUGGGUAAUUUGCCAGGGCUGGUGGAUAAUGGAAUCAUUGGUGAUGUGCAAGUGGUGCCGUACACGACCUUGUUAUUAUAA